AUGAUAGAAACUGGACAUUACUGGGACUGUAGUGGAGUGUACUGGGACUGUAGUGGAGGUUACUGGGACUGUAGUGGAGGUUACUGGGACUGUAGUGGAGGUUACUGGGACUGUAGUGGAGGGUACUGGGACUGUAGUGGAGGUUACUGGGACUGUAGUGGAGGUUACUGGGACUGUAGUGGAGGUUACUGGGACUGUAGUGGACGUUACUGGGACUGUAGUGGAGGUUACUGGGACUGUACUGUUAGUGGAGGUUACUGGGACUGUAGUGGAGGUUACUGGGACUGUACUGUUAGUGGAGGUUACUGGGACUGUAGUGGAGAUUACUGGGACUGUAGUGGAGGUUACUGGGACUGUACUGUUAGUGGAGGUUACUGGGACUGUACUGUUAGUGGAGGUUACUGGGACUGUAGUGGAGGUUACUGGGACUGUACUGUUAGUGGAGAUUACUGGGACUGUAGUGGAGGUUACUGGGACUGUAGUGGAGGUUACUGGGACUGUACUGUUAGUGGAGGUUACUGGGACUGUACUGUUAGUGGAGGUUACUGGGACUGUACUGUUAGUGGAGGUUACUGGGACUGUAGUGGAGGUUACUGGGACUGUAGUGGAGGUUACUGGGACUGUAGUGGAGGUUACUGGGACUGUAGUGGAGGUUACUGGGACUGUAGUGGAGGUUACUGGAACUGUAGUGGAGGUUACUGGGACUGUAGUGGACAUUACUGGGACUGUAGUGGAGGUUACUGGGACUGUACUGUUAGUGGAGGUUACUGGGACUGUAGUGGAGGUUACUGGGACUGUAGUGGAGGUUACUGGGACUGUAGUGGAGGUUACUGGGACUGUAGUGGAGGUUACUGGGACUGUACUGUUAGUGGAGGUUACUGGGACUGUAGUGGAGGUUACUGGGACUGUACUGCUACUGAACAGAGUUCUAGAGGCUGUGAGUAGGCUUGCUUUCCAUAU